AUGGAGGUACCAGUGAAACCCAUCUCCAACAACAGCAUCAAUUUGGAGAUCCAGUUGAAGCCCUCGGACGUCACCGACAACAUUCAAGCUCUCGGAGUGGGAUCCCCCUUGGGAUUACCUUUUCAAGGGAGAGGGCUGGUUCAGGGCCUCAUCGUUUUAUUUGUAGGCCGGCGACAUUUAUUCCGGGUGGAGAACAAGACGUCAUUGCGAAUACGUAACUCUGUCAAAUGGCAGUCCAACAAAUCAGAAAUCCGGGGACGCUAAGCCAAGAUUUCACCAUGCUGAGGCCCGAUCAAAUCCUACCGUUCCGAGUAAUUGCGUCAGCUGCCUCCGAUGACCUCCAACUCCACACCUUCAACUCAUAGAGAGCUCCACCGCACUUGAUCCACACCAGAAAAGGGUUGCUGAGUCUCUCACCCACCGUGGUGGCUGUUGACGCCCCGGCCGGGUCGGGCAAAACAUAUCUGAUGGCCCAUACAGUUCAGCUCAUGUUGCAAACCAAGAUGGCCAACUACGUCGUCGUAAUUUCUGAAUCCAAUGAUGCAGUGGGGGCUAUAGCCGGAGCCCUCGUAAACGGCCAUCCCGUCAAGUCAAGUGUUAUGGCGCAAGAGUGA